AUGGCCUCAGGAUUCGCAAUCCAAAUGGACAGAUUGGGUAAGGAGAAUUAUGACACUUGGAAGCAACAAAUCGAAGCUGUCCUAGUAAAAAACGACAGAUGGGAAUACGUCGAUGGAACAAAACCUAGGCCCGAACAGGCUGUACCAGCCACCGAUGCGAACACCGCUGAAAUAGCAGCGUGGGAUAAAAACGACCACAAGGCUAAAGCUGAUAUAACACUCGCUAUCAAUCCUUCCGAAUUGUGUCACGUCAAAAACUGCACUACGUCCAGGGAAAUGUGGAUUAAACUCGAGAGUAUCUACCAGUCAAAGGGACCGGCAAAGAAGACGUCCUUGUUAAAAAGGCUCCUAUUCACGAAAAUGAAAGAAGACGAUGAUAUGGCCAGUCAUGUAACCAAUUUUCUUAAUACGGUUGACAAACUAUAUGAGAUGGAUAUUACAAUCUCUGAAGACCUAUUGGCUAUAUUACUCCUGUACAGUGUCCCUGAUUCGUAUGACAACUUUCGAUGCGCUAUAGAAGCAAGAGAUGAACUACCUGACACCGAAGCUCUCAAAGUGAAACUACUCGAAGAAUUCAAUGCACGAAAAGGCAAAGGAAUCCGAGAUGACUCGGAAGCAUUGUUUGUGUCUAAGCAAAG